GCGGGAGCAUGGAGGCGGAGGCCGCGGGCCGGACUGCAGCAGGCAUUUACCCAGUGGAUAUUUUGGAAGAUGACCCUGCUGGGCAUCGGGAAGCGGCUCUGGCUUACUGUGCCACUCUUGGGGAAGGAGCAUGGCCCUCACCAGAGGUUAUCUCUCUUCCCACUGGGGAGCAGGUUAAACUUGAAGCUUCGUCUGUUUGCUUUUGCACUGUGCACUGUGAUGAACCUCAACAUAAAAUCUUGGUCUUGGUUAAUCCCCAGGACACAAAGACAGUUGUGGCUGUUUACGUGAAGGAGUCCUGGUGGACCACUGAAGAUGUACUAAGAACCUCUGAUCCUGCAAGAGAAGGUCUGAUGAAGGUUCAGUCAUUUGGGGAAAGGAUUGUGCUUUUCAUUCUAAACGUCGUUAUUUUUGGAAGACUGGAGAGGAAUUUGGAUGAUGAUGACAUGUUUUUUUUACCUCACUCUGUGAAGGAGGAGGCUAAAAUUCUGUGGAGAGACGGAGCAGCUGUUGGAUUUUACACAACCAAAAGGAAAGGCAGCCUGUGUGGUGAUGGCACGGGUGUGUGCUACCUGCUGCCUGUCUUAGACACGUUUGUCCGGAGGAACCAUCGCCGCCAGGGCCUGGGCCUGGCCAUGCUGAGGGACUUCUGCCAGACGUUCCGAGAGGACGAGGCCCUGGGCAUCAGCUGGCCCAUCUCCCCUGCCAUGUACCAAGUCUGUAGGAAGUUCCUGGCGGCGCAUCCAGAGGAGCGGGGGCGCCUGUGGGAGGCGGAGCCCCCAGGAGCCUGGGGCCAGCGAGUCAACAUCUGGCUGAAGGUUCAGCUUCAACAGGCAAGGCGUCCAGAUUCUCACCCAGGAAAUUCCAAGGAGGAAGUGACUGCUCAUGGGCGCACUUCUCAAGACAGUGGACCCGGAAUAUCCCAUAAUGGAGAAGACAGCAAGGAGAGGAUCAGUGGAGAAGAACUGGAGAAGAAUGAUCGAGAUUGCGCAGUGACAGAAGCAGCUGGGUGGCUUGGGAGAGCAUGCUGGGCUGAGCAGGAGGGGAAGGAAGCCAAGAGCAUGGCGGUGGAUGCCGGGCUGCCCCCAGGGAUGAAUUUGUAAAGACUGCACCGGAGCCACAUGACUACGCCUCUUUCUUCAGCACAAGAAAGCUCAGGGCUGCCCCGUCCACACUGCAGAAGUCCCUCUGGGGUUUGCCCACGACAGCCCUGCUGUAACUGCGAGACCCCGGACACCAGAGGGGUUUCCAAGGAGACACGUUUCUUUCUGGAGAAGCUUCAGCCACCUCGGAAGCUCCCUGAGGGCAGGGCCAGGCUGCCUGGUGCACACCCAGGCCUCUGGCUCACGUCUGGCUGGUGCAGGAGGCGCUCAGAGCGGGCCCCAGGCGGGCGCCAGGAUAUAGCAGCACCUACUUCCCAAGGGAACUGCCGGAGGGGACUUCGGGCUGAUGGCCCUUCUAUAGUAUUGGUGCCUUCAGCGGACAGGCUUGUGCUAAUAAAGGUGACUGUAAAGGUGACAGCCUGGCCCGCACGUGACAGCAGCCCCCCUUUCUACAUACCUACACAGCCCUGCUCUGGCACGUGUCCAGCCGCUGUCAGGGUUCCUGCGCCCCGGACCUCAGUGAGGACAGGCGAGGCUGGCCGUGGCCAGUGCUGCUGCCUGUUCACAGGGUAAGGCACAGUCCAGGCAGCUUCGCGAGGUCUCAGAGCCUGUCUCCUGAGAGCAGGAUGGGCUUUCUCCGCAGUCAGCAUGGGCUCUCCCAGGGUCAGUAGGAUUCUUUCCAGGGAAGGCUGGUCAGGUCGUCUUGGGGCGGGCAACCCAAGUGCCGCCUUGACUUCUGGAGAAUGCAGACCUGAUUGUAUCACCAAGGACACCCCACCCCCACUGUGGCUCAACACUGUCUUUGCAGCACCCAGGGCCUGUCACAGAGGGCCCUGCUGACGCCGCACCCGCCUCUGGGCUCGCCCGCCCUGUCUUCUGUUUCCCGGCUGCCUGGGCCUCCCCAUCCUCAGACACACCAGAGUCUCACUUAGGGUCUGCUGGGGGUCUGUGCCUUCCCCUCCCUCCCCACUCCCUCCUGCAUGCACACACACACACGCGCACACACAUCAGGCUCGUUCCUGCUUACAUAUCUGGUUUCAGCUCAGGUGUCCCCUCCUUCCCACGUGGCCUCGAAGCACUGGUCACUCGCUGGGCCUCCCUGAGCUUCCUCAGGAGUGAGGGGUGACACCUUCCUUCUGUUCCUCUGCUGCUAGGCCCUGGAGAGGUGGGUGGAAGGACAGUUUCAACCUUUUAGGGACAUAGUGAAGUCCGUCCUGGAGGCUGGGUGUGGGAAGAAGACGACUGCUGCCGAGCGCUGGCAAGAUACUUGCUGCUUCCCUGAGUGGUUAAAGGGUACAUGGGGUGGGACCUCUGUUACUUAUUUACGCACCCAUGUGUCCAUCCAUCCUUCCAUCCUUCCACCCAUCCAUCUCCCUGUCCCUCUCUUGCUCUCUCCCUCCAUCUCUCCGCUCAUCUUCCCACCCACGUAUUUACCCAUCUGUUCACAUCUAUCCAUCCAUCCAUCCUGCUGUACAACAGACAUUCAGUGUGCUUGCUCAGGGCCAAGCCCUGUGCUGGGCACAGGGAACAUAUGGAUAAGUGAAGCAUGGUCCCUGGACUCAAGGAAAUUCUUUUCUGGAAGGGUCCGUCCUGGAAUCUUCCAAUACGCUUGUCUCUCUCACAUUCGUUAGAAAGAGGGACGAGUCCAACUGAAUAGAAACAGUUUAGAGCUCCACACAGAGACGUGAAGUCCCGCAGUGCACGUAGGCUCUCUGGGAAGGAGGCACAGCCAUACAAGUGGUCUCAAGUCUGUAGCCGAGGGGCUGCUGUGUGUGACGUCAGACGUAACCUUUCACAUGUGGUGUAGAUGUGAACUGUGAACAUUUCACUGUUUGAGAUAAAUCACUGGUGCUUUCUAUUUACGAGGAAAUGAACUGAUCAAAGCGGCUCAGGGGUUUGAUGAAGUUACUAUCAAUAAGAGAAUCCUCCCAAGGAAGAAAAACUGAUGUGUUGAUGUAAUUCAUUUAAAGAUGUACGAACAAAUCACAUGGCAUUAGAGGGAAGCAUGGUGGAGCUCAGAGCAGCCGCUCCCUGGCAGCACACAGCCCUGUCGGCCUGGGGCUCUCUGCAGGGUUCCUUCCAAGUGGCAGGCGUGCACGAGGACUGUCAGAGAGGCUGUGCAUGGUGUGUUUUAUUUUUAUUUUUUAAAAAUUUAUUUUAUUAUUUUUUUAUUGGAGUAUAAUUGCUUUACAAUGUUGUUUUAGUUUCUGCUGUACAAUGAAGUGAAUCAGCUAUAUGUAUACCUAUAUCCUCUCCUUCUUAGGCCUCCCCUCCCUCCCCCAUCCCACCCAUCUAGAUUGUCACAGAGCACCAAGCUGAGCUUCCUGUGCCUUAUAGCAUGUUCCUGCUAGCUAUCAGUUUUACAUAUGGUAGUGUAUAUAUGUCAAUCCUAAUCUCCCAAUUUGUCCCACCCUCCCCUUUCCACCCUGUGUCCACAUGUCUGUUCUCUACGUCUGUGUCUCUAUUUCUGCCCUGCAAAUAGGUUCAUUUGUACCAUUUUUCUAGAUUCCACAUAUAUGCGUUAAUAUACAAUAUUUGUUUUUCUCUUUCUGUCUUACUUUGCUCUGUAUGACAGACUGUAGGUCCAUCCACAUCUCUACAAAUGACCCAAUUUCGUUCCUUUUUAUGGCUAAGUAAUAUUCCAUUGUAUAUAUGUACCACAUCUUCUCUAUCCAUUCAUAUGUUGAUGGACACUUAGGUUGUUUCCAUGUCCUGGCUAUUGUAAAUAGUGCUACAAUGAACAUUGGGGUACAUAUGUCCUUUUGAAUUUUGAAUUAUGGUUUUCUCAGGGUAUAUGCCCAGUAGUGGGAUUGCUGGGUCAUAUGGUAGUU